AUGGAGGAGGACCUGUUCCAGCUCAGGCAGUUGCCGGUGGUGAAAUUCCGCCGCACAGGAGAGAGCGCAAGGUCAGAGGACGACGUGGCUUCCGGAGAGCAUGACGUUCAGAUCGAGGGGGUCCGAGUAGGCCUAGAAGCAGUUGAGCUGGAUGAUGGGGCUGCUGUGCCCAAGGAGUUUGCCAAUCCCACUGAUGACACUUUUAUGGUGGAAGAUGCGGUGGAAGCCAUUGGGUUUGGAAGAUUUCAGUGGAAACUCUCUGUUCUCACUGGCUUGGCUUGGAUGGCUGACGCCAUGGAGAUGAUGAUCCUGAGCAUCCUGGCACCUCAGCUGCACUGUGAGUGGCGACUCCCCAGCUGGCAGGUGGCACUGCUGACUUCGGUGGUGUUCAUCGGCAUGAUGUCCAGUUCCACGCUCUGGGGAAACAUCUCAGAUCAGUACGGCAGGAAAACAGGGCUGAAGAUCAGUGUGCUCUGGACCCUGUACUACGGCGUCCUCAGUGCUUUCGCACCCGUGUAUAGUUGGAUCCUGGUGCUCCGAGGCCUGGUGGGCUUUGGGAUCGGAGGUGUGCCCCAGUCGGUGACGCUGUAUGCUGAGUUUCUUCCCAUGAAAGCCAGAGCCAAGUGCAUUUUGCUGAUAGAGGUCUUCUGGGCCAUCGGGACGGUGUUCGAAGUCCUCCUGGCGGUGUUCGUGAUGCCCAGCCUGGGCUGGCGCUGGCUGCUAAUGCUCUCGGCCGCCCCGCUGCUCCUCUUCGCUGUUCUGUGCUUCUGGCUGCCGGAGAGUGCUAGGUAUGACGUGCUGUCUGGGAACCAGGAGAAGGCAAUUGCCACCUUAAAGCGGAUAGCAACAGAAAAUGGAGCCCCCAUGCCUCUGGGAAAGCUCAUCAUUUCCAGACAGGAAGACAGAGGCAAAAUGAGGGAUCUUUUUACACCCCACUUUCGCUGGACAACUCUCCUGCUGUGGUUUAUAUGGUUUUCCAAUGCCUUUUCUUAUUACGGCUUGGUUCUGCUCACCACGGAACUCUUCCAGGCAGGAGAUGUCUGCAGCAUCUCCAGCCGGAAGAAGGCAGUGGAAGCCAAGUGCAGCUUGGCCUGCGAGUACCUGAGCAAGGAGGAUUACAUGGACCUACUGUGGACCACCCUGUCUGAGUUCCCAGGCGUCCUUGUGACUUUGUGGGUCAUUGACCGCCUGGGCCGCAAGAAGACCAUGGCCUUGUGUUUCCUUGUCUUCUCCCUUUGCAGCCUCCUACUGUUCGUCUGCAUUGGAAGAAAUGUGCUCACCCUCUUACUCUUCAUUGCAAGAGCAUUUAUUUCCGGAGGCUUCCAAGCAGCCUACGUUUACACGCCUGAGGUGUACCCCACGGCGACGAGGGCACUGGGCCUGGGCACCUGCAGCGGCAUGGCGAGAGUGGGUGCCCUCAUUACUCCGUUCAUUGCUCAGGUGAUGCUGGAAUCUUCUGUGUACCUGACCUUGGCCGUCUACAGUGGCUGCUGCCUCCUAGCUGCUGUGGCCUCCUGCUUUUUGCCCAUUGAGACCAAAGGCCGAGGACUACAGGAGUCCAGCCACCGGGAGUGGGGCCAGGAGAUGGUUGGUCGAGGGACCAGCAAUGCAGAUGUCCCCAGGUCGAACUCUGGCUCUCAGGAAUAA